AUGUGUCCCGCCGGAGUCGACUUUGAGGCAGUCAUACCGAUAGUGAAUAUGGGUGAAAGUACAAAGAAAGAGGAGGCUGUAGACACACUAAACAGCCGUUGGAAAUACACCUGGGACAAACCGGUUUCAAUAAGAUGCCUGAUGUCAAGACGUAAUGGGGAAACCAUCAGCUUUCUCCGGAAAAGAAGCGGAGCAAAAAUUAAGGUGUCUGACAGGGGUGUAAAGGAGAGAAUCGUCUCUGUUUCCGGAAAUAUGUCGGCUGUAAUUCGUGUUAUUAAACUAUUCUGUCGAGAAUUUGCUUGGAUGUACGCUGAUCGUUUGACAAUGGAGAACAUUUCAAACAUUCCCAAGUUCAUUUUUCGGAUACUUUUGCCCACCUCGCUUUGUGGACCUCUAAUUGGCCAGCAUGGAGAAAGUAUUCACAAGCUAAGACAGCUUACGGGUUCCCUGCUCAAGAUUACACGGCAUAAAUUGCCCAACUCAACCGAUCGCAUUCUCUUCAUCUACGGUACAGUCGCGGCGAUUACGAUGUGCCUUGAGAUGAUAUGCGCUCUGGUGGGAGAGGUACGUUGGCGGUGA